AGGGAAGUGAGUUGUUUAACUUACCGGAGUCAAAACAAGGGAAGUGUUUGAGAAACGCUCGUUGCACCGCAGUGAUGUCUUGGUGGUUUGUACGGGCUAGUACCAGGAUUACGUUUCUUUACCGAGUGUUAAUUUGACUCAAGUGUUAUUACAGGCUCUGCUUCUGCGUUACAAAGAGGAUCCUGGGAAUUACGAUGUCAACCUGGGCUUCCUGAACUCAGAGUCAAGCUAGCUUAACACUAGGUAACCUAUCCCUCAAGCGGCGUAGGCGGUGGCGUGGCGAAAACCCAGUAACAAACUUACACCUGUGUGCUAUUUUACUACAAGACUCGGGUUAACUUUGAGUGAAGAUUCUCGCCAUGGCUUUGGCCAGUCAGAGCCAGCAGUGGUUCCCUACGAGCGUGCAGGUAACGGUGCAUCAAGCUCGAAACCUGCGCAUCAAGGGCAAGAACGGCACCAACGACGCCUACGCCAUCAUCCAGGUGGCAAAGGACAAAUUCUCCACCUCGGUGGCCGAGAAAAAUGCCGUUCCGGUGUGGAAAGAAGAGGCUUCGUUCGACCUGCCGCUGUUCCACCCGGGCAACGCCGAACGCUGCACGCUGUACAUCAUAGUAAUGCACCGUGCCCAGGUGGGGCUCGACAAGUUCCUGGGUCAGGCCGUGGUGAACCUCCUGGAUCAACAUGACAACACUACGAGCAAAAAGACUGAUUGGUUCAAGUUGGUAGACAAGACUGGAAAAGAGGACAAGGAGCGAGGGGAGGUUCUGCUAGACAUCCAAUUUAUGAGAAACAACAUGUCAGCCAGCAUGCUUGACCUUUCUAUGCAGGACAAACCACGCUCACGUAUCUCCAAGCUGAAGGACAAAGUCCGUGGGAAGAAAAAAGAUGGCUUCUCUGACUCUGCCUCAGCCAUUGUUCCUUCUGUCAACCAGGUCCUUACAGACAGUGAGGGAGAAGCCGAUGCACAGUCCCUUAAUCAGUCGGUAGAAGGGAAAAAGAAGUCAAAACUCAAAACCCUCUUUGCUCCCAAAUCCAACUUGCAGCGCAAUUUUUCACAGUCCAUGUCUACGCUUGGGACCUUCCCUGAGAAGAAUUCAUCUCUCAGCGGCAGUCGGUCUUCUGGGCUGAACGUCGAUUCUCCUGAUGUUAAAAAGAAAUUCAAAUUCCUGGGACACAAGCGAACGGAAAGCUCUGACAGCAAAGCCUCUCAGGGUCCUUUCUCCCUUCUGGGCCGCUCCAAGCAGAGCAACAAUGACCUAAACAACCUGUGCAUCAAUGGCAGUCAUGUGUAUGCAGAGGAGGCAGAGGCCAAGAGUGGAUCUACACUUAGUUUGAACAGUUCAGGCCAAGGCUCCAUGGAGGAUGUCCGCAAGCACCCUGCUGAUGUGUCUUCAGAGUGUUCUAAAAGUAUACCUGUUCCACCCAUCAAGUUUGAGUCUACAGAUAGAGUGAUGCUGGAGCAACAGCGCCAUCGAGAGGAGGAGGAGAGAAGGCAAGCGGAGGAGAGAAGGCAGGCAGAGGAAAGGCGCCUUGCGGAAUCAAAGAGGCUGGAAGAGGAGGAGAAACACAGGGCCGAGGUCAAGAGGUUACAGGAAGAAGAACAACGCAGAUUCCAAGAGGAACAGGAGAGGAAACGUCGCUUCCUCGAGGAUGAAACGAGAAAGAAGAAACAUAGACAGGAGGAGGAAGAGAAAACAAAGCAGGAGGAAGAGCGCAGGAUGCUGGAAGCAGCAGAAACUCAGAAGCUUGAGGAGCAACGUCGCAGAGCUGAGGAGCAAAAACGCCAGGAAGAGGCCUCCAUGAGCGAACGACUGACAUCUCUGUUUGGGAUGAUCAAAAAGAAAGAGGAGAAAAAGGAAGAGGUGCAGCAUCCGAAAGAAGAGCUCCUUGCGUCGGCCCCAAGAAGUGAUUCAAAAGAUCCUUAUCAGCCAACACCUCAGCCAUCCACCAACCCAUUUGAGGAGAUUUCCCUCGGCUCAGAUCUUCCAACUAGCAGCAAUAAAAGCCCAGCUGAUCACCAGAAGUCCACCAAUAGCUCACAGAUCCCUCCAGGCUUUCCUAACCGCACAUCUAAAGUGUCUGCAGUCAAACCCAGAUUGACUCAAUCUCUGGACUCUGAAUCUGCUGACUGCCAAACCCCCAGUCAGCCGUGUCCUUCCCCAGCUGACUCCACCCUCUCUAGUGUCCCGUCUGAGUCUCCUGAAACUUUCUUCAGCCUACACUCGUCCCUGGCUCCACACAAAACUGAACGUCUUUUGGAAACAGACUGUGGCAGCAUAGAGAAUUUAUCGUCCGUAGGAUCUUCGCCCACAAUGGCAGAUCAAAGGAAGAAAGUCCUCCUGCCACCCACUUAUUCUGGACAAAAUGCUACUGUCAGAGAGAUUGUGAACCCUGCCUAUGUAGACGCAGACAGGCCGCAACAAGGCAAAAAUGCACCUUUACCACUCCCAGAUUAUGAAACGCUGUUUCCACAGAGGAGGCAUGGAGUCCAAGGACAAACUAAAUGGGAUCAUAUAAUUGCUGAGGUCAGUCAGAAGCACAGGGAUACUCCAGCUCAGUUUCUUGAAAUGAGUGUGGAUGGCCCAGAUGAGCCAGAACCAAAUCCUAGGUCUUCCAUAUCCCAAGAAAGUCCUAUUAUAAAGUCAUAUACAACAAAACAACAGGAAACCAAACCUAUCUCAACAAAAACAGCAGCAGCCCCUGCUCCCCCUCCAAAACUAGUCACAUCUUCAAAUCCUCAGUCAGUAGUAGAUUCCAGUAAAAAACAAAGUCAGAGGAUAGCUCAAUCUCCUUUGAAUCCCAUUCCAUCUGCAGCCACAGGGCAUGGAAAGUCUGAAGGUAGAGGAAGUCCCGUAGGGAUGUCCAGGAAUGAAACCAGGAAAGUGUUGCCUCAAACACCUGCAACAAAGGACGCACUUAGACCAAGUAGCCAAAUAGAAGCAAGUCUGUCAGACGACCAAAGAAAAGUACCCACAGCCAAACCCAGACAGAGGGUUAGUGGCAUAGAACCAACACAGCAAGACAAAUCAGCCGUUACUCCAAACGGGGGCUUCAACCCCGACAUCCAGACGUUAUCCAGUUCAAAUGUGAGCACAAGGACAAAGACAAGUGAACAGACAGAAGAGUUUGCUGAUUUUAACCCUUUCCCCAGCAGUGAGCUUCUUGCCAAAGACCCGUGGGCACAGCCAGUGCAUAACCAGGAAGUGGAUGACAUUUUUACUGCCAACAAAGCAGAUCAGAAGCCUGAAGAUAGAGGAUUAACUGACGGGUUUGAUGACAUUUUCAGUCGACAGAAAACUGCUGAUCUCUUUGCUGGGUUUGAUGCCAGGGAUUCACAGAAACAGAUUGACAGGAAAAAGGACGACGAUGUAAAGCAGCCCAGCCCUGUUUUCCAAAGAAAGAAUUCAUCACGAACCAGAAACAUUCCCUUAUCAUCUCACUUGAAAAAUAAAGGUCCUAAGCUUCCAGAGCAAGCACGUGAAAGAGGAGAGACCGUGGCCACAGCUAGCCAAGACCUCCACGCAGGAGAAGUCAUAAAUGAGCCUAUCACACUGCAGCCUCAAGCGGACGCGAAAGCACAAAGCCUUUUUAGCGGAACUGAUUUAUUCGGAGCAGAACCUUUCGCUGCGCCCUCAGGUUUGACUUCCUCACAGCCCCUCCAGGUAGUUAUGGAAGAACCAGGUUUAUCUGCAGGAAGGAAAGUUUUACGAGCAAGGGUCUCGCCCUCUGAGGUUUCGCCUGCCAGUGCUCAGAAUGGCACUGGAGGUGGUCUAGCCUUAACUCCACGCAGGCCUCAUCCUGUGAAGCCUCUUAGCUCAAUUGAAAGCCAGACUCCCACCAUUGCUUUACCUAUAAAGGAAAUGAAGAUCCGGGAAGCACCACAGAUUAAGAUGAUCGAUGCAGGGGAAAGUGGGCCGUACACUCAGCUGACACAGGAAGAGCUGAUCACACUCGUGGUGAGGCAGCAAACGGACCUCUCGAAGAAGGACGCCAAGAUCGUGGAGCUCGAACAGUACAUCGACAACCUGUUGGUCCGGGUCAUAGAUGAGAAACCCAGCAUCCUGCAAGCCCUUAAUUCAGCCAAACCAGUGUAAGAAAAGCCUCCCAGUAAAUACGACUAAUGCUUCUAGUGUGUGUUUGUACGAGUGUGCGUGUGUUUUGUCACUGCGUUCCAAAAGACACUAUCUCCGUGAAGCUGUCAUGCAUGUGCACUUUUUCCAGUCAGGCUUUCCUUGAGAAUGCUGGAAAAUUGUCUCUGAACUAAGAAGACAUGGCGGUUUCUUAAUAAUAAGCAAUAAUCUUUAUAUAAGCAAAUGAAUGUUUUUAUGCUAAGGUACAGGAAUUUAUUUUAAAUAACUUAUGAUGUUAGAAAUACUGAACACCACCUGGAUUUAAUGUUCCUACAAUGCAGAGAACUAUAUCAUUUUUUAAACUCGUCUCUGCAUAUUUUUUUUACUAUGUACUAGGCUUUGUGUAGCUUCAUGCUUUGAGCUGCAUGACCAUAAUCUUAUACAACCACUACAUACUUAUGCAACACCACGAUCAGGUGGUCAAAUGUCUAAACAUAUUCGUAAAAGUUUGUUUCAUUACUUAUUUCACAUUCCUGCAGUUCUUGUGCGUUCUAACAUCAUCAGCUGAGUCAAACUUCAGCUUGUUGAUACAGUGAGUACUUACUGAUUGUUCCCUCCACCACUUUAGUCUUAUUUUGCUUAUGUGUUGUUCCUGAUUUACUCACCACACUUGAAUGUCCUUAAGCACAUCGGUGCCUAUUUUUGCUUGUUAUUAUCCAAAACCAGCAAUAAGUAAAAGCAAUCAACUACUAUUUGCUGUACGUAGUUUUAGGUACACAGUAGCAACAGCAGUGCUUUCUCCUUCAUGUGCUUUAGGAUAAUGUGUAGUUAGGACACGGAUUCAAAUAUGCAAUUAAUACUACAGAAUGACUCAUACUGUAUGAUUAAAAUGAGAGCUUAUGGUUUAUAUGUUUGUUUGUGUUAUGACCUAAUCAAAGGCUAAUUAUCAGCAGAUCAGUAAUCUGAUCAUUAUAAGUAAUAACCAGCCUUGUGUUUGUAUUUGAACUACAGUAAUGAAUUAAUGCUGCACCGUUGCCUUCAUGUGACAGUGCUGUCUUACAGAGCUUGGAGCAAUAUUGAUCCUCUAAAUGUACUCAACUGUGCCUUUCAAAGCCAUUAUCAAACUAUUAUCACUUUUAUGCCUGACUUGCUGGAUGGAAAGUCGUCGGAGUGUUUAAAGUGCAAUUUCAUGUGACAGAUCAGUCAAGGAAAUAAUACUGCAGUCAAGACUAUAAAAGAAGUGAUGCUGAGCAAAAGAUGGUUUUAUCUGAAAUAAAGACACUAAUUGUUUCACCAAA